AUGGCGCCCAUUUUCCAGAGCGCAGCCCUGUGCUUCAUGGCACUCUGCGGACUGAAGUCUGCACAUGCCGCUGGUGGGGGUGGAGGUUCAGCUGCGUCACCUACGCCGGUGGCAGCAGGAGAUGACGUGUACCUUGCCCUGAACUUGGCUCGGCGGGGAAGGCUCGCAGUUCGGCUAAAUGCGUUGACAAAGCAGCAGACUCUUGUCGAUAGCCUUUUGAAGAGCAUCCCUACGACGGUCGGGAACGACUGCGGAAAAAUCGACAGUGUGACUUCUCAAACGGCCAGUGGAUUCGUUGCUACGUUCACCACCGAGCCCAACUACAAGAAGCUGGUGCAGGACGCCCUGAGCGCGGCACUUAAGAAAAUGACGAAAUACCCGACUGACGACAAGUUCAACGUCGCUCCCUGGACAGAUGCUGAGGUUGCGAACAUCCUGCAUGUUCUUUCCUCCGCAAGCACUGAAGUUGGCUGCGCUGUGACUACGAAAUGUGCAAGCAAGCAGCUGCUUGUUUGCCAGAUGAACCCGAAGCUUGGAACAGGCGCUCCUUUCAGCGAGGAGUUCUUCAAAGCACUUCAGUCCAGGAGCGACUCCAUUGAAGAUAUGACUGAGGCCGAUCUGAAGACUGGCUCGAACUCCGGAAUUGUUGCAGUUCCUUCAGUUCUAUUUGCGGGUCUUGUUGCAAUGCUAGCAACAGCAGCAGCAUAA